GAAAUAGGGGAGGGAACAAGGAAGGGAUUUAAGGCUGGAUGAAAUUCCGUUUCCGCUUUAGGGAGUGAAAAUUCAUUUGAGCAGAAUUUGACUUGAAAAUCUAUUUAUUUCAGAGACCUACUCAACUUUUACAAUAUUGAUUGUACUUUUGGAUAAGUUGUAUCAUGGCCACUUCGCCGCAAAAGUCGCCAUCCUCUCCGUCGCCGACGACUCCGAAAUCACCCUCUUCCAGAAAGAAAGAUGACUCGUUCCUGGGAAAACUUGGAGGAACUUUAGUAAGAAGAAAGAAGGCAAAAGAAGUGUCUGAGCUCCAGGAAGAAGGGAUGAACGCCAUCAACCUGCCCUUGAGCCCCACCCAAUACGAACUGGACCCAGAAGACACCAUGCUAGAGGAGAAUGAGGUCCGCACCAUGGUCGACCCCAACUCCAAGAACGACCUGAAACUACAGGAACUCCAGAAGGUGUUGAUUGACUGGAUCAAUGAUGUGUUGGUGGGGGAGAGGAUCAUCGUGAAGGACCUGGCUGAGGAUCUAUACGACGGGCAGGUUCUGCAGAAACUCUUUGAGAAGCUGGAGGGGGAGAAGCUAAAUGUAGCUGAGGUGACCCAGUCGGAGAUUGCCCAGAAACAGAAACUGCAGACGGUGCUGGAGAGGAUCAACGACUCCAUCAAGGUCUCUGCCAGGAGCAUCAAAUGGAACGUGGACUCGGUCCAUGCUAAGAGUAUAGUGGCCAUUCUUCACCUCUUGGUGGCGCUGUCUCAGCACUUCAGAGCACCAAUCAGACUUCCUGAUCACGUGUCCAUCCAAGUAGUGGUGGUUCAGAAAAGGGAGGGGAUUCUGCAAUCUCGCCAGAUCCAGGAGGAGAUCACGGGCAAUACAGAGGCUUUAUCUGGAAGACAUGAGCGAGAUGCUUUCGACACCCUGUUUGAUCAUGCUCCAGACAAGCUCAAUGUGGUAAAAAAGACUCUCAUCACCUUUGUGAACAAACACUUGAACAAGCUCAAUCUGGAGGUGGCUGAACUGGACACACAGUUUGCAGACGGUGUGUACCUUGUUCUGCUGAUGGGAUUGCUGGAGGGCUACUUUGUUCCACUCUAUAAUUUCUUCCUGACUCCUGAGAACUUUGAACAACAGGUGCACAACGUGUCCUUCUCUUUUGAGCUGAUGCAAGACGGAGGUUUGGAGAGACCAAAACCUAGACCUGAAGAUAUCGUGAACUGUGACCUCAAGUCAACCCUGAGGGUGCUGUACAACCUCUUCACCAGGUACAGAAAUGUGGAGUGAAUAUGCAGUGUUGGGGGUGACUCAUUUUAUUGGGUACCACAUUCAAGUUUCAAGCAUUUUUUUUCCCCCAAUUACAUGCUUCAAAGGAAGUUGUCCCUUGCAAAGAACAGUACGAACCAAUUCAGGACAUUCAGCAUUGGUAUUAUCAAUAUUUUUUUAUAGAUUCCAUUAUUCCAAAUAUUUUAUGUGCUAUAAUAAUAACUUCUACUAUUGUUUGCCAUUUUAAAAUACACUACAUACUGUAUCUAUUUUUGUUUCUUAAAUGAAUGCAUAUUAGUCUAAGUAAAAACAGUCAUUGUAUGAUUGGUAUUUUAAUGAGAUUUUUUUUAUUGAUGAUAAAUUCAAAAAAAAUUCUUCUUAAUGUCAUAUUUCAAAAGGUUGAUUAUAGUGAUGACAUUUCUUCAUGUUUCCAUCGCUAAAGCUCGUUUCAUUUAUUUACUAAACAAAUGUUUGUUAACCUAUAUUUCUAGUGCUUUUGUGUACACCUGACCUUCUUAUUCACUUAGCUGUUUUCUACUUUCACUAGUAGAUGAGUGCCUUUUUAAAUAAAAAUACUGUACUGCAUGCCGUCAUUAGGAAGACACCACUUAAAGUGCUGACUGUGAUUUGAAUAUGCUCUUUUACUUUAUUCUCAAAAAUGCUUUGCAUGUAUCAUAUAUGUUAAAUGUUUUAAUAACCCCCGAACUGAAAUUCCUAAAAUGUUGGAACGUUAAAACAAUCUUGUAAAGAAACGGAAGGUCUCCCUCAUGGUAACACUUUGUUUGGAUAGUCCAUCUGUAGAUGCUCUAGCAGUGGUCACCAACCUUUUUUGGAGUCCAUCAGUUUCUGAGUCAAAAUGCAAGCCGUUUUACAUAACUUAAACGUAAGCCUAUGCAACAUGACCCUAUUAAAAACAGCACUGUAUUAAUGAGGUUUGUACAGAACAUGAUCACUGCAUAUUGGCUUUGCUUGAAUUGCCCUGCCAAUGCAUUGUUAUUCUUCUCAGACCAUUAAAGAACAAUAUAUAUAUAUAAUGUAGGCUACAGGAUCACACCAAUAAAAGCUCAGUUGUUGUAUUACUUGUGAAGCACAGCUGA